UUUUUUUUCUCUCUUUCAAGAGCCUUUUUAAAACACUGGGGUUAUUGGAGUGGUCGAAUUUUUCCUGGAUUUGAGUGAGAAAUUCAGAAGACUGAAGCCCAGGCUCACUGUCUACCUUUCACGGAGGCCCAGCCGUGAGAGGACAGAAGAAGGCACGUGGCGAAUCAUGACAGCUGACAAAGAAAAAGACAAAGACAAAGAGAAGGACAGAGACCGAGACCGGGACAAGGAGCGAGACAAAAGAGACAAAGCGAGAGAGAGCGAGAACUCGCGUCCUCGUCGGAGCUGUACUUUGGAAGGAGGCGCCAAGAAUUAUGCCGAGAGCGACCACAGUGAAGACGAGGACAACGAUAACAACAGCGCUACCACGGAGGAGUCUACAAAGAAAAAUAAAAAGAAACCACCGAAGAAGAAAUCUCGCUACGAGAGAACGGACAACGGUGAGAUAUCGUCCUUCAUCACAGAAGAUGAUGUUGUCUACAGGCCUGGAGAUUGCGUGUACAUUGAAAGUCGCCGGCCGAACACCCCAUACUUCAUCUGCAGCAUUCAAGACUUCAAACUGAGUAAACGGGACCAUCUGCUUAUGAAUGUCAAAUGGUACUAUCGCCAGUCUGAAGUCCCAGAUUCAGUCUAUCAGCAUUUGGUUCAGGACCGACACAAUGAGAAUGACUCUGGACGAGAGCUUGUUAUCACAGACCCAGUGAUCAAGAAUCGAGAGCUCUUCAUUUCAGAUUACGUUGACACGUACCAUGCUGCUGCCCUGAGAGGGAAGUGUAACAUCUCCCAUUUUUCUGACAUAUUUGCUGCUAGAGAGUUUAAAGCCCGAGUGGAUUCAUUUUUCUACAUAUUGGGCUACAAUCCAGAGACGAGAUUUCUUCACUACCUUUCCUGUGGUGGUGAUGAUGGACUGCCAUUUUGGGACAAGCAGCACUCCUGGAGGCUGAACAGCACCCAGGGGGAAAUCAGAGUUGGACCCAGCCAUCAGGCUAAGCUUCCAGAUUUGCAGCCAUUUCCUUCCCCGGAUGGCGACACAGUAACACAACAUGAAGAACUUGUGUGGAUGCCAGGGGUUAAUGACUGUGACUUGCUCAUGUACCUCAGGGCAGCAAGGAGCAUGGCAGCUUUUGCAGGGAUGUGUGACGGAGGAUCCACAGAAGAUGGCUGUGUUGCAGCAUCUCGUGAUGACACUACACUCAAUGCACUCAAUACACUACAUGAAAGUAACUACGAUGCCGGGAAAGCCCUGCAGCGCUUGGUGAAGAAGCCUGUGCCCAAACUGAUCGAGAAGUGUUGGACUGAAGACGAAGUGAAACGCUUCAUUAAGGGGCUGAGACAGUACGGAAAGAACUUCUUCAGAAUCCGAAAGGAGCUACUUCCCAAUAAGGAGACUGGAGAACUAAUCACCUUCUAUUACUAUUGGAAGAAAACCCCUGAAGCAGCAAGUUCCCGAGCCCACCGUAGGCAUCGGAGGCAGGCUGUGUUUCGGAGAAUUAAAACUCGAACUGCUUCCACUCCAGUCAACACUCCCUCCAGGCCCCCCUCCAGCGAAUUCUUGGACUUGAGCUCAGCCAGCGAAGAUGAUUUUGACAGCGAGGACAGUGAACAGGAACUGAAGGGCUACGCCUGUCGUCACUGCUUCACAACCACCUCCAAGGACUGGCACCACGGUGGUCGAGAAAACAUCUUGCUCUGCACUGACUGCCGCAUCCACUUCAAGAAGUACGGGGAGCUCCCGCCCAUUGAGAAGCCAGUGGACCCUCCGCCCUUUAUGUUUAAGCCUGUCAAAGAGGAAGAUGAUGGACUCAGCGGAAAGCAUAGCAUGAGGACAAGGCGGAGUCGAGGCUCGAUGUCUACACUACGUAGUGGUCGUAAAAAGCAGCCAGCCAGUCCCGAUGGUAGAGCCUCACCCAUUAAUGAAGACAUCCGGUCCAGCGGCCGCAAUUCUCCCAGUGCUGCCAGCACCUCCAGUAAUGACAGCAAAGCAGAUUCUGUGAAGAAGUCCACCAAGAAGAUAAAAGAGGAGGCAUCAUCCCCCCUCAAGAACUCGAAGCGGCAGCGGGAGAAGGCAGCCUCUGACACAGAGGAGCCGGACAGAUCAAACGCCAAGAAGUCCAAAACUCAAGAGAUCAGCAGGCCCAACUCUCCCUCGGAGGGCGAGGGUGAGGGUGAAAGCUCUGAUAGCCGCAGUGUCAACGAUGAAGGCAGCAGUGACCCGAAGGACAUUGACCAGGACAACCGGAGCACGUCACCUAGCAUCCCCAGCCCCCAGGAUAAUGAGAGCGACUCGGAUUCAUCAGCUCAGCAGCAAGUGCUCCAGGCGCAGCCGCAGGUGCUCCAGGCACAGAACGGCUCUGCCCAGGCCCCACCUUCCACCCCACCAAUAUCCACCCAGCUCCCCACAUCAAUGCCAGCAGUGUCGAGCGCCCCCUCUGCCGCCGCCGCCCCCCAGGUUUCGCCGUCAGUAUCUCAGCCUCCCAGCCAGCCCCAGCCCCCAGCACCGCCACCACCUCACUCUCACAUACAGCAGGCUCCUGCCCUGCACCCGCAGAGACUCCCCUCACCACACCCACCGCUGCAGCCCCUGAGCGUGUCGCAGAGUCAGCCCCAGGCUGCUGCAUCAGCACAGCCCCACUCGCAGCCUCCACUCCAUGGCCAGGCCCAGCCUCCCCCUCACGGCCUGCAAGCCCAGCCUCUUCUGCCUCACCCUGUACCUCCUCAACCAUUCUCUCUCCCCACGCAGUCUUCUCAGUCUCAGGUUCCCCUUCAGACACAGGCUCCUUCUCACUCUCACGCUGCUCUGCAGGUGCAAGCACAACCUGCCCUGCAAACGCAGGCUCCCCUGCAGCAACCCCAGCCUCCACGGGAGCAGCCCCUGCCCCCUGCACCCAUGGCCAUGCCUCAUAUCAAACCCCCUCCCACCACCCCCAUUCCUCAGCUUCCUACUCCACAGUCCCACAAGCACCCUCCCCACCUUUCUGGGCCUUCUCCAUUUUCGAUGAACUCCAACCUGCCGCCGCCUCCUGCUCUGAAGCCACUAAGUUCCCUUUCCACUCAUCAUCCUCCUUCUGCGCACCCUCCUCCAUUGCAGCUGAUGCCCCAGAGCCAACCGCUGCAGUCCUCUCAAGCUCAGCCUCCGGUUCUGACUCAGAGUCAGAGCCUUCCACCAUCAGCAAGCCACCCCUCCUCCGGGCUCCAUCAGGUAUCCUCCCAGCCGCCCUUCUCUCAGCAUCCCUUUGUCCCUGGGGGACCACCUUCCAUCACCCCCCCAUCCUGCCCCUCCACUUCCACUCCACCUUCCGUGCCUGGUAUCCCCUGUCAACCUCCUGUCUCCACGUCGGCGGCUUCCAGCGGAAACGUCCCAGUGGUCACGUCCUGCACGUUGCCGCCUAUUCAGAUCAAAGAAGAGGCUCCUGAUGAGGCAGAGGAGCCAGAGAGCCCACCACCUCCACCCAGAAGCCCGUCACCUGAACCCACUGUGGUGGACACACCAAGCCAUGCCAGCCAGUCAGCCAGGUUCUAUAAACACCUGGACCGUGGCUACAACUCCUGCGCGAGAACGGACCUGUACUUCAUGCCUCUGGCGGGAUCCAAAUUGGCCAAGAAGAGAGAGGAGGCAGUUGAGAAGGCCAAGAGAGAGGCAGAGCAGAAAGCAAGAGAAGAGAGGGAGAGGGAGAAGGAGAAGGAGAAAGAGAGGGAGAGAGAGCGGGAGCGGGAAAGAGAAGCGGAAAGAGCCGCGAAGGUAUCCAGUUCCUCCCACGAAGGUCGUCUCGGGGAAUCCCAGCUCAGCGGACCAGCCCACAUGAGGCCUUCAUUCGAACCUCCGCCCACAACCAUUGCCGCCGUUCCACCAUAUAUCGGUCCGGACACACCUGCAUUACGGACUCUCAGCGAGUACGCCCGCCCUCAUGUUAUGUCACCAACCAACCGCAACCAUCCUUUCUUUGUUCCCCUGAACCCCACUGAUCCGCUCCUGGCCUACCACAUGCCCGGCCUUUACAACGUGGACCCAACCAUCCGGGAACGGGAGCUCCGAGAGCGGGAGAUCCGGGAGCGAGAAAUCAGGGAAAGGGAGCUGAGGGAGAGGAUGAAACCUGGCUUCGAGGUGAAGCCCCCGGAACUAGACGCACUGCACCCAGCUACCAACCCCAUGGAGCAUUUUGCCCGGCAUGGCGCACUGACUAUCCCCCCAACGGCAGGACCUCACCCUUUUGCUUCCUUCCACCCGGGUUUGAACCCUCUUGAGAGGGAGAGACUUGCACUGGCAGGCCCUCAGUUACGGCCUGAAAUGAGCUACCCCGAUAGACUGGCGGCAGAGAGGAUACACGCUGAGCGGAUGGCGUCGCUGACAAACGACCCGUUGGCGCGGCUCCAGAUGUUCAAUGUGACGCCUCACCACCACCAACACUCACACAUACAUUCACAUCUGCACCUUCAUCAGCAGGACCCGCUACACCAAGGUUCAGCAGGACCUGUUCACCCACUGGUGGAUCCCUUGGCAGCCGGACCCCACUUGGCACGCUUUCCCUACCCACCCGGUACCAUCCCUAACCCAUUGCUAGGGCAGCCACCCCACGAGCAUGAAAUGCUUCGACACCCAGUCUUUGGUACCCCCUACCCGCGAGACCUGCCUGGUGCCAUCCCACCUCCAAUGUCAGCGGCCCAUCAGUUGCAGGCCAUGCAUGCCCAGUCGGCAGAACUGCAGAGACUGGCAAUGGAGCAGCAGUGGCUGCAUGGGCACCCCCACAUGCAUGGUGGACACCUACCAAGUCAGGAAGAUUAUUACAGUCGACUGAAGAAAGAAGGCGACAAACAGUUGUAAUAAAUUAUUUAUUUGUAUUGCCGGCUUAUGGAAACCCCAGUCCUUGGGAAGGAAUGGAACAUUUUUACAUACAAAUAAGAGCUGCAAAAGCAAAAGAAUAUCUUAUAAAAAUGUCUUUAUAUAUUUAAAACAAAAAGAAAAACAACCCCCCCAACAACUAAAGACUUAUCAGCGUAAAUAGUGUUCAUUUGUAGAGAAGAUUUCUCAAGACUGGUGUGGGUCUCCCUGCAUGACAACCUAUUCAGAAGCCUAUUGAAAAAAAUACAGGACUGUAUGGAGUAUUCAGAGAACUUCCCUGCAAUCUUGUUUUUUUUUUCCCUGUUAGUUUUGAGUAGGUGCUAGAAUCAGGCUCACAACACAGGUCACUGUAUGUGAAGAGACACUCAAUGCAUCUAUAUCUAUUAAAAAAAAACAAAAAACAAAAAAACAAGGAUUGCAAGUGGGUGACAUAACAAGCUCUGAAUCCAAGUGCUAUAAUAAUAAAAAUCUACUUUUAUUUUAAUACAUUGUAGGAAAUCUUCAUAAUUUUAAAGAAAGCUCAGUUCUGCAGCAUGGCUUUUUAAGUCUGUAAAUAACUUUUUUGGGUAGGGGGGAGGAAACACGAAACAAAACUCCGCAAAUGUUAAUCUUGAUUUUCAGUAACAUCACGAAUUGUGAAUUCCUACCUGGUAUUGACAGAAUACAGAGUUGAUUUUUUAAUAAAAAUAAAUAUAUAUAAUUAUCCCUUUAAUUAAAGGGAAAUGAUGGGUGUCAAUAAUUUCAAAUGGGCAAAAGCUUGAAAUUUGGUUUGGUAUCAACUAUAAGCAUUAAAGGGAGUUGCAGGGAUAAUGUUACAAAUGACUGUUUCUGUUUUAGGUAUUUUUUUUUUUUCCCCAUUAGCAUUACACCUCUUUCUCUUCUGCCAUGAUUUUGAUUGAUUGAGUUUUGUUUCCCAGUGAUACAGAUGUCCCUUGGAACUAACUCCCCUGUUCUGUAUCUAGUAUAGGGGUUAACCUUACAUUUUGGCUAUAAUAUGUCUCCUUUCUUUACCUUUUAAAACAACCGGGCAACUGGAUCACCUGGUUCAAUUUGUUCUAAACUUCCCUUUUUUAUAUGUAAUAAGUAGCAAAAAUUAAAAAAAUAUAUCUUGUCCUUUUAAAAAUGAUCCAAAGCUCUGGCUUUUGAAAGGCAGGGUUUUAUAUGCAUGGACAGGAUUUUUCUUUGGCCAGGGACUGCUUUCUCUAGCUUUUAUAUUGAUAGGUUUUUAAUGAGAAGGACAAGGCAAUUGGAUCUCCUGAUCAGCUCUGUGUAAAGCUCUUCCACAAAGUCCUAUCUUCAUUUCACUUUUUUAAGUGAAGGCUGCCGUUCUCUCUUUUUUAAACUGAUGCACAGGUUUAUGCAUCACUUGGUGCUUGGGGAUUAGGCGAAUCUAUG